AUGAAGAAUAACGUCUCUGCUCCGAUCUUCCUUGCUUCUUCCAUUCUUCUUCUCCUUCAAACCCUCCCCGGCGUUAAAGCCGGUUUCAGCUGCGACGGAAGCUCCUUCGUGUCAAACAGCAGCUACCACAAAAACCGCGACUCUCUCUUCUCUACUCUUUCUGAUAAAGUCAUCACAAACGGUGGAUUCUACAAUGCUUCAAUCGAUGGUACUCGCGUUCUUGCCUUCUGUAGAAGAGACUACGAGCGGCAAGGUUGCAUCGACUGCGUCCAAAAAUCUGUUCAACAGAUUAAAACAAGUUGUCGUAACCGUGUUGAAUCCUUCAACUGCGACAGUGACCCUCGAGACCGUGUUUCUUGUUUUGUGCGUACAACGAAUAGCUCGACUUAUGGGCAACUCGAGCUUGGACCGGCUACGAUUGAUCCGAGCGGUGCUGCUAUCGACAGAGCCACCAAGAACAUUACCCUUUUCCGCCAAGAAUGGGAUGCAAUGGUUGACCGGACGCUCGAAGUUGCAACCACUGAUAAUUCCACAGCGGUUCUUAAGUAUUUCGGUGCUGUCAGAGCUGAGUUCACUGAGUUCCCAAAUGUUUACAUGAUGAUGCAAUGCACACCGGACCUAACUUCAGGCGCGUGCAAGAAAUGCUUGCAAGAGUCCGUUAAUUAUUUUAAAGAACAGUUCUGGGGAAGACAAGGAGGUGGGAUAUGCCGACCAAGCUGUGUUUUCCGGUGGGAAAUUUAUGAAUUUUACGGCGCUUUUGCCAAUGCAAUCAGAGUUCCUGCGCCUCCUCGAGCUUUGAUUCCUCGAGCACAAGUAAUAUCCGUCACUCGCUUGAAAGGAGGAAUUAUCGCGAUAUUCGUUGUUCCUAUCGUCAUUAAUGUUCUCGUGUUUAUCGGUCUGAUCAAAGCCUAUAAUCGGAUAAAAAGAUCGAACAGAAAAAUCAAAGAGCAGCAGGGUGAAUCUGGUGGUCAGUCUAUGUUACGGUUCGAUUUUGGCAUGAUACUAAUAGCAACUGAUGAUUUCUCCUCUGAAAAUAAGAUUGGCCAAGGUGGAUUUGGAUCUGUCUACAAGGGGAACUUACCCGGCGGGCAAGAGAUAGCGGUAAAGAGAUUAAAACAAGGCUCAGGACAAGGAGAUAUAGAGUUCAAGAACGAGGUUUUACUCUUGACAAGACUCCAACAUAGGAAUCUAGUUAAGCUUCUUGGGUAUUGUAAUGAAGGAGAUGAAGAGAUUCUUGUCUACGAGUUUGUCCCCAAUUCAAGCCUCGACAACUUCAUAUUUGAUGAAGAGAAGCGCUUGCUACUAACGUGGGACAUGAGGUUCACAAUUAUAGAAGGUGUUGCACGAGGUCUUCUUUAUCUACACGAAGAUUCUCAGCUGAGGAUUAUUCACCGUGACUUGAAGGCAAGCAAUAUCCUUUUAGAUGCAGAUAUGAAUCCUAAAAUUUCAGACUUUGGGAUGGCAAGGUUGUUCAAUAUGGACCAGACUCGAGCAGUGACAAGAAAACUAGUUGGAACCUUGGGUUACAUGGCUCCUGAGUACGUUAAGCACAGAAGAUUCUCAGUCAAGACCGACGUUUACAGUUUCGGAGUCGUGCUUCUCGAGAUGAUAACGGGUCAAAGUAACAAGAACUAUUUCGAAGCCCUAGGGCUCCCUGCAUAUGCAUGGAAGUGUUGGGUUGCGGGAGAGGCAGCGAGUAUCAUCGAUCAUGUUCUCUGUAGGAACUCGACAAACAAAAUAAUGAGAUUCAUCCACAUUGGUUUGUUGUGCGUUCAAGAGAAUGUUGCAAAGAGACCAACCAUGAGUUUGGUCAUUCAAUGGCUUGGAAGUGACACUAUCUCGAUUCCGUUACCUACAGCUGCUGCUUUCACCAUGCGUCUUCCUGUCGAGUUGCAUGGAACCAAUGCAUCGAAUCAAUUAGCCGAAGCUGGAGCUGGCGCAUCGUCAUUAAAUAAGCUCACAAUCACCGAGUUAAGUCCUCGUUGAAGUUGAAAUUGAGAUCACUUUGUAAAC